ACAAGCAACUGUAUGCAUGAAACCUCUUGAUGCUUGUACCUAAGUGCUUCUGCUGUUUGCUGCAGGAAGGUGUGAAGACGGAGAAUGACCACAUAAACCUCAAGGUAGCUGGUCAAGAUGGGUCAGUCGUACAGUUUAAAAUAAAGAGGCACACACCACUCAGCAAAUUAAUGAAGGCCUACUGCGAAAGACAGGGUUUGUCGAUUCGUCAGAUAAGAUUUAGGUUUGACGGGCAGCCGAUUAAUGAAACAGACACACCUGCACAGGUUGGUGUAACAAUAUUGUAUAUGUACUGUAUUGUACUGGUGUAAUAUAUUUUGUGAAAG